AUGGCCCCGACAGCAGGUCUGUUGGCCAUUUUUCCGUUAAUAUUAUUAACAACGCUCUGCACGGCAGACGAACGAAUAUCGCUUGGCCGAAGAAACGACGUUUCGGAUGUCCUUCGGACCCGUCGAAGCAAUUUCCCAUGCGGCAAAAGUUUUUUGCCCUGUGAUGGUAGGUAAAAUACGGUUUAGUUGAUUUCAUUUAAUUGUAGAUGAAAACUCAAUCUUGUUUGACGACCCACAAUCAGUGGAGACGCCGAAUGUGGAAGAGCAAAGUGUCCAGUUCGCCGCAAUAAGAGCGAAAAAUGAAAUGGACAUUUUAUACAACAGGACGGAACAGGCGUUGUUCAACGACUUCAGAGGUGCGUUAAACUUUCACAACCUUGAUUUUAAAUGGAGUUUUAUUGAAUAGACAAGGAGUCUUGUUGAUUUUCAGGCACAAAUUUCCUUUUUUCAACUUACGCUUGGGCCGACUUGAUGAAUGAAGAUCGUUAUUCAAAGGACUUGUCUUACAGUGCGCUGGUGUCGUUGAAGGCCACAGCGAAUUUGAAAAAGUAAGAAAAUAAAUGAAAAAAUUAUAGGGUACGUUUAUGGCUAGGUAUCAGCUAAAAUUUUGAAAAGAUAGAUAUAUGUACAUGGCAAUGUACAACAAGAUCUCAUCGAACGAAAAGGCUCUUUGACCCAAACCGUCGUUGGCCCGAAAAGCCGUAACGUCUAGCGCUGGGGAUGUCAAAAAUUAGAAGAUGUCAAAUUAGAAGAAGACUUUAGUCUGUUGUGGAGCGUCAAAAGUCUCCACAAUUCCCAUAGAAAUUAGCAUAAACCAACUCAUAUAAAAGCAACGUCUCGUCACCAAUUAUCAGAACAUUGUCUCACUUCUCCUUUUUCGGUGUGGUCUAAAUAAAUCUUAUUCCAAAACCUGUGUCUGUUCUCGAUACCUAUCUACGUUUGAUCCACCAUUACAUGAGGGCUGAUUGUGAGCCGGGGACAUAACUCGCUCGUUUUGGGGCUUUUAUUAGAACAAUUCGAAAAAACGAUUCUAUCGCCUCUAAAUCGACCUUUAAUAGUGACGUUGUCUAGCGAUCGUCAAAUUUCAGUUUCACCUCCAAACUGUCAACUACCGACCUAACACAGGGAAUGCCCUUCUUCCCCGUGAACAACACCAUCAUCCAUCAGAUUUGUCCGAUUAACGCUAUUGCCGAAUGCAUUCCCGGGAAAUACCGGACCUACUCCGGACAUUGCAACAAUGUCGACCAUCCGUUGUGGGGAGCCGGCUAUGAGCCAAUGCAGCGACUGCAGGCCCCAAGUUAUGCGGACGGUAGGCUCUACAGACUUUAUUUAUCUAUUCUUUCGUAUCUCUCCUUGGUUGGUCAAUAUUUUCUCCUCAUUUUCUAGGAGUUUCAACCCUUCGAACCUCCAAAAAUGGCCGUCCUUUGGCGUCGCCCAGACUGAUUACCAAGACUUUACUCAUUGACAACGCUAACGCUACGAACCCAAAGCCCCACAAGUUUUGCACGCUGAUGCUAGCGCAAUGGUCGCAAUUCAUCUUUUCGGAUGUCGCCCAAGUCGCAUCAACGAUGCUGUUCAAAGGCGAGGAGAGCCUGCCGUUGCCGUGUUGUGCUACAACACACGACGAGUGCCUGCCGAUUAUUGCGGGUGCAGACGAUGAGCAGUACAAGAGUAAGGGAUGGAUAAAAAAUUGAGUUGGGCCGAGAGAACUGAUGGGGAAACAGGAUAUGUCGUACUAAAUAUAUUUUCCUCACAAUGUUCCUCAGGAUCUGUAUCUCUCUUUCAAAAAAUCCUCUACAAAAAGUCAUCUUUUCAGCACGCGGCCAAUGUCUUCAGUACAGUCGUUCCUUCACUGCGCCUCGAGAAAAUUGCAACCUCGGCCCUCGAGAGCAGGCCAAUCUGGCCACCUCGUUCUUGGACGCCUCUCAACUUUAUGGCCGCACCGCUGAAGAAGUGAAAAAGCUGAGAGAACAUUCGGACGGCCGUCUCAAGUCGGUAAAGCCUUCGGAGCGCUUCAGAGAGAUCCCACCGCCGGCGGCGAAGAGUUCGAGAAGUUGCGCCGCUCCGAAUGAUCAGCCUUGCUUCGAGAGCGCCAAUCCGUGGACAAAUGUGUUGCCGACGAAUGCGGCGAUGCAGACGCUGUUCAUUCGGCAUCACAAUACGUUGGCACGCGAACUCCACAAGCGCAACUCUCACUGGGACGAUGAGAGGACUUUCCAGGAGGCAAGAAGGAUCCUGAUUGCUCAGGUCCAACAUAUCACCUACUCGGAAUACUUGCCGAUUGUUGUUGGAAAGGAGAAGUUGAAGAAGAAGGGACUGCAGUUGCGGAGAAGGUCGUUCGAUGCGGAUUAUAAUAUGGUAGGGUGUGAAUUUAACACAUUAUACCUUACAGGAGUUUUAGCACUGCUCUUAUUCUUAUUUUUUCAGAAAACCAAUCCUUCUCUUCUCAACGAAUACGCUGCGGCUGUGGGCCACUUCUACCUGUCCCUUCUGCCCGACAGUAUUGCGCAAGUCACCGAGAGCGGGCAAAACCUCAACAAGCAGCCGUUGAGCAACUUCUUCAACAACCCGUCAGUGAUCUACCAUCGAGACAAGGUGGAGUCACUGCUCCGAUUCAUGAUCAGAGAGCCCAUCCGAGCGCCUGGGCUGCAUAUCUCCCGCGAAUUCACCCAGAAAUUCCUCAGGGGCCAAGAACAAUUCGGCCUCGAUUAUGCCGCAUUACUCAUCCAAAUGGGACGAGAUCACGGACUGAACUCGUAUACGGAAUGGAGAAAUUAUUGUGGGCUGGAGAAGGUCGAACGAUUCGAGGAUUUGGAGGGAAUCCUAUAUGACAACGUGGAUAUAGAGCUGUUAAAGAGCGUUUAUUUGAAUGUGGAGGAUGUCGACUUGUUUAUCGGCGGAUUGGCGGAGAAACCGGAGAGGGGCGCGCUGAUUGGCCCAACGUUUGGAUGCAUCUUGAGCGAUCAGUUUGAAAAGGUAAUGCUUGCACUUUGAACACACUUUUUAUAGUAAAAUAUCAGUAAUAUUGACGGAUCAUUCAGUAUUACUUUUUUAUGAUUGCUUCCUACUUUCAGAUUCGCCAUGGUGAUCGGUUCUGGUAUGAGAACUUCUUCCAGCCCUCCGGUUUCACCGAAGAACAGCUAAUGGAGUUAAGGAAGACGACGUUGGCCACAAUUAUUUGCGAAAACACCGAUAACUUGGGACUGAUUCAACAGAGCGUCUUUGAGUUGCCAGAUGAGUACACGUAGGUUAUCUACAGUCUCAAUAGCAUCAGAAACUCAAGAAAUUUUUAUUUUUUUAAACACUUUUUGAUUUUAGCAACUGUCCAAUGGCCUGUAACACCACGGCCGCCGUAAAACCAAAUCUGGACAUGUGGAUUGAUCAAGAACCCAAGCGAAGACUCCCAAUUACCAAGGAGACCCUGGAAAAGGCCCUGCGAAUGGGUGCCGAGCAAUAUCGAAGGCUGAAAGAGGCCGAGAAGAAGCGUCUGCAACAACAGAACAGAGGCGCAAGUGAUCGAGGGUCUGCUGUCGCCGCUCAUGCCAGUUUGAUGGCGCCGAAGAAGGAGAGUUUGGAUCGCGCUGAAGCCGCGGGCAUUCUCAGGGCCACAACGAACGUGCUGCUGAGAGGGUGAGGAAUUGGGGGAAUGCGGCCGAAAAAGUAUUGCAAUGCGGCGAAACAGGCGGUUUACUUUGCAAACAAUGAAUGUUAUCAUCUCAUAAAAUGCUGGAAUCUCGAUGAAACAUUGCCCAACAGCAGCGGGACAAAAACGAUUUUUUUUCGUCUUUGAAUGCAGAUUGAAUAUCAGUCCGUCGGGAAAAUAAUGCCACUAUUUUCCCGACAGACUGAUGUGAAAACUGUUUACCAAAGUAUUUUACCCUCAAAUUCCAGUGACGGCCUCUCCGAAAACGAACGUCUUCCCCAUGAUCUUGACGUUGCCACCCUUCAAGAGCUCCUGCCUCAAGUCGACGUCAGCCGAGUCAUUGGGAACUUUUCCGAUUUCCUUGGUGAAACUCCAAAUGCGGCCAAGGAAUGUCUGCCAAAGCCACUUCCAUGCGACCACACGGCAAAAUACAGGACCAUUUCCGGAUGGUGCAACAACUUGCGAUUCCCUCAAUACGGAAAUGCGUUUGAGCCGUUGAGGUAGGGGUUUUUAUAAAAUACGAAGGUAGUUAUCGACUGCUUUUGUUCGGAAUUCUAUCCGCUGAUAACUGUCGGUUAAUAGCUCCUUUGAAGAUAUGAUAUUUUCCUUCCAAAAAAAUGCAUUAUGUUCUGCCAUUUCAGACGCCUCCGCGACCCCGCCUACGACGACGGAUUCGACUCGCCGAGGACGCGUGCUGUCAGUGGGAAGGAGCUUCCGUCCGCGCGCAAGAUCUCCGUCACGGUCCACAACGACGACGAACGAGAAUCCGUCCAUUUCAGCCACAUGCUAAUGCAAAUGGGGCAGAUUGUGGACCAUGAUUUCACACAUUCGCCGAUCACUCGCGGGCCCUUCAAUUCGAUUCUGAACUGCUCGACCUGCGACAGUUACAACACUCUGUCGAUUCAUUGCUUCCCGAUUAAAAUCGACCAAGGGGAUCCGUAUUUCCCGGCCACUCACAACGAUGGAAGUCCGAGAUGCAUUCCGUUUGCGAGAAGUUUGAUUGGGCAGGUCACGCUGGGAUAUCGGAAUCAGGUAAGAAGGAGAUUUUUUGAAGGUUUUGUGAUGGCAAAUCUUGGUGGAGACAUGGAUGAAACUGAAAAAAGCUACAUUGGGGACCUGAUCACGUGGCAAAAAACUUACCAUUUCUAUCCAGGAAGUAUCAAAAAUGUGGCAAAAUACUCCAAGUGAAAAAACUCCGAUUUCAAAAGCGCGCCCGCUCUUUUGGUGAGGGAACGGGCGCGCCCUUCAAAAUCGAGUUUUUUCACUUGGAGAGGGAAGCAUUUUGCCACAUUUUUGAUACUUCCCGGAUGCAAAAUGGUACGUUUUUUGCCACUGGAUCAGGUCCCCACUGUAACACGGUCCGGUGAAUGGAUUGUCAACUCACCGAAAAUACCCCCGAAACAACUUCUUGUCGGGGAAGAAAUGGGGAAUUUUUGGGGUGAGAGAGUGCGCUUUGUGCGUCUUUUCUCUGUAUUCUCUGUGACGUCAAGACGUCACUUGUAAUAUUGUAAAAGCCUUUAGCGAAGAGUCUAUGCAUGGCGAGCACCGGGGUCGUCAGUUUGACAUGGACGUACCUUCAUUUAUGAAUUACAGUGGUUGGACCUGAUCCAGUGGCAAAAAACAUACCAUUUUGCGUCCGGGAGGUAUCAAAAAAUGUGGCAAAAUGCUUCCCUCUCCAAGUGAAAAAGCUUCGUUUUGAAGGACGCGCCCUUUCCGUAUACAAAAAGAUCGGGCGUGCUUUUGAAAUUGGAGUUUUUUCACUUGGAGAGGGAAGCAUUUUGCCACAUUUUUGAUACUUCCCGGAUGCAAAAUCGUACCGGUUUUGCCAUUGGAUCAGUUCCCCCGCUGUAUAGAUUUCUUGGAUUUGAUAGAAGUUGAGGAAAGUCUUGGACACUACCUACCGUUAGCAAAGUCGCUAGAAUGAUUUUUAGCGCUUGUACUGUGAGAAAAAUCACGGUGCCAGGAACACCCGAAAAAGCCUUGUUGCACGGUGCAAAAGGAGAGCUUUUUUUGCACAAUUCAUUUCGUCGAAAUCAUACCAGCGACUUUUCGGACGGACAUCUUGGAGUCAGCGUAUUUUACUCUUUUUUAUAAUACUUUUACUUUUUUAUAUUUUUUCAGCUAAACCAGCUGACUUCUUUUCUGGACGCCUCUCACGUCUAUGGUUCAACGCAAUGCGAGGCCGACCAUCUCCGUCUCUUCUCGCAGGGAAUGCUCAAUUUUACAGAUCUCGGCUUCAACAAAGAAGCGCUCCCUCAGGGCACCCAAGAGCGGGAUUGUCGGAGUGGACCGAACCGGCCCUGUUUUGUUGCCGGCGACGAGCGCAACAACAUCCAGCCCGGUCUGGCAACUCUUCACACCAUCAUGAUGCGAGAACACAACCGGUUAGCGAAAGAACUGCAUCGUCUGAACCCGCAUUGGACUGAUGAGCAGCUGUUCCAGGAGGCACGGCGAAUUUUCACGGCCAAAUACAACCAUAUCAUGUACAAUGAGUGGCUUCCGAUCGUGAUUGGCUGCGAAACCAUGGCCAGAUACGAUCUACAGCCGAAGAAAUCGGGCUAUUACGAAGGCUACGAUCCGACGUGCGAUGCGGCCGUUAGUCAGGAGUUCUCUUCGGCCGCGUUUCGUUUCGGGCACACGUUGAUUCGCAAUGUCUUCCCACGGAUGGAUGGGAAUUACAGCGAAACGUUGGGGCCCGGGUUCCAGUUGAGGGAGCACUUCAAUAAUGCGUCAACGAUGUAUGACAAGAAGAUUGGGCAUAUGGAGAGCAUUCUCAUGGGAUUGUUGGGAGCACCAACGUAGGUUUAAUCAGUAUAAUGUUGGGCAAGUCAUCCGGGAAGAUUGACAAUCUCAGGCGCUAACGGAAUGUCCCGACACUUGCGGGCAACGUCCCAUAAUCGUGUAUUAUAAUGGAAAUUUUGGCAAUUCCCUGGUACUGAUAAGUACACCAAUCUAUUUUUAAAUAAUGAAAAUUUAUCCACCGCUUUCAAAGUUAUGGGAGGUUGUCUUCCAAAAAGUGGCUUCUGAACCUUUUGUAAGCAAAUGUUGGCUGAUUUCAAAACAUGAACGCAGAAUUUCCGUGGUUCUUCUACAAUAGGGGACCUGAUCCAGUGGCAAAAAAUGUGCCAUUUUGCAUCCAGGAGGCAUCAACAAAUGUUGCAAAAUAGCUCCGUCUCCAAGUGAAAAAACUCCGAUUUUAAAAGCGCGCCCAAAAAAGGCGCCCCCUUCAAAACGAAGUUUAGCCACAUUUUUGAUACUUCCCGGAUCAGAAACGGUACGUUUUUUGCCACUGGAUCAGGUCCCCCAUUGUAGCUGCACACAAAGUGGUUGCCCGCAAGUGUGGGCCGCCAUUCCGGGGCUUCGAAAAUCGUUCGUUAUAGAUACAGUUUGUUGUACAGAAGCGUUACUGCCUUCCGAUCUGUAUAGAUUUUUUCGGUGUAUCUUUUGCUUCCUUCCAGCAUGGUGAAUGACCGUCACAUUGCGAACGCCGUCCGAAACCACCUCUUCCAACGAGCCGGCGGCCCUUACACCGGCCUCGAUCUGGUCGCCGUCAACAUUCAGCGCGCUCGCGAUCACGGUGUGCCCGGCUACAACAGCUACCGCGACCUCUGUGGGGUCCCCAAAGCCCGCUCCUUCAACGACCUCCGCGACACGCACGAUGAGUCGGCAAUUGUGGACCUACGAAGGGUGUACGAACACGUUGACGACAUUGAUCUUUUCACCGGAGCAAUGUCCGAGAAACCGCUGAAGGGAGCCAUUAUUGGCCCAACAAUUGCAUGCUUGAUUGCCGAGCAAUAUCAACGGGCGAAGCGAUGCGAUCGGUUUUAUUAUGAGACCAACGAUCCGAAUCUGAGAUUCACACCGGGUAAGUGGAAGGUAAGGUACGUAUAAUGUUGGGAAUUGCAGCUCAAUUGGCCGAGAUCCGAAAAGCCACCAUGUCGAAGAUGAUCUGCGCCAACAGCGAGUACGCCGAGAAGAUUCAGCCAAACGCGUUUUUGAUGCCGAACGACUUGACGUAAGUCACAAAUUCUAAGCCACAGUUUUGGUCGACUAUACUUUGGAUUGCCUCUGUUUUCCUUUGUAUGCAUGGCGAAGGCCAGUAAAGGGCGUAAUGAAUAGAAAUAUAAGAUUGAUCGGGUCUUAGGACAGUUUAUCGCCUAUUUUUGGUAUUUUACAUGCAUUAAUGCAAUAAUAUGUUGGUUAAACUUACGGAUCGUCAUUUUUUGAAGCAGCCUUUCAUAUUCUGUAUGUUACAAUAGCUGUGGGCCAAGAAAGGUUGGCAAUAGCUAAAAUUGGAAGAACGAGCCGCAUUGUAAGUCUUUGCCAAGUCUCCGCCAAGGCUUCGCCAUGGAUCCAACGGCUUUUCCAGGUCUCAUAUCUUCUACGAAGCAUCUUCUACAGUAUGCUUUUGGGUCUCCACCUGCCCUACACCUCAUGUCGUUCGAUUUUUGUUGACCCGAACUGUCUUUAACCCGGAAAGUCGGAUCAACGACAGCUCGUCAAAUUUUUGUGGCCUUCUAAAUUCUGCCUACUUUCAGAAAUGCUCCGAUCCACUGCGAUGAAAUGUUGGACACGGAUUUGAGCGAAUGGGUGGAUCGACGUAAGCUUAACUAAAAAUUUUUUACUGUUUAAAACCUCAGUCUGUCGGGAAAAUAAUGAGCAUUCUGUCGCAUCGGAAAUUGCAUAGCCGCCGAGAAAAUGAAUCGUAUCACAGAAAAAUCAAAUUCUUUUUACUUCAGCGACGCGAUCGGCACAGCGAUAUUGCACUCAUUAUUUUCCCGACAGUCUAGUUCUUAUAUUCACUGACAUUUCAGAAUUCUGUGUGAUGGACCACCGAGUCAUCCAGUUGGGCAAAACGAAGCGAGUGAUGCCCUGCAUUAGUUGCACAUGCACAGCGGAGGGAACGGAAUGUCAUUCGAUAACGGUCGAUUCUUGCGACGCGUUGUUGAAGGAGUUCCCCAUUGAAGAGAUCCGGAAGGAUACUGUGUGUAUGAUACAGUGCUCUGGCGCAAUGAAGAAGAGGAAGUCGUUGUAA